AUGUCGUUCGGAUCGUCCAGUCUGCUGCGCGGCGACUCGUCGCGCGACGCGCUGACGUAUCACCGGCCGCCGCGAGGAGGCGUGCGAAAAGAGCCCCGGCAGCGGCGUGUGGUGGAGUGCAAGGUGAAGCGACGCAAAGAGCCAAGGUUGGAUGCGGUGAUUGAGAGGAACAAGAAGUUCCGCAUCGUGCAGCGCAUACAGGAGCUGCUGGGGAAGCAGGAGGGCGGGCGCAUGAGUCUCAAGGAGCUGGGGAAGCAUCGGAGCAAGAUUGGGCUGUCUGGAGGGCGAAGAUGUGUGGCUCUCAUUCGCAGAUUCCCCUCCAUAUUCCGAGUGUACGAUAAGGGAGCGGGAAACAUCUGGUUCGAGCUGACUGCAGAGGCGGCACAGAGGGAUGCGAGGGAGAGGGAGCUGCGAGCCGUCAUGGAACCCAUCUUAGUGGAUAAGGUGAGCGGGGGUGCGGGCAACAUCUGGUUUGAGUUGACACCAGCGGCGACACGGCGGGACGCGAGGGAGAGGGAUCUGCGAGCCAUGAUGGAACCCGUUCUCGUGGAUAAGUCCUUGCACCCCCUUCCCCCCCACAACCAACCCCCUUUUCGUCUUCCCCUCCCCAACUUCGCCUCGUCUUCCACCCACCUACUACCGCAGUCCUUCCUCCCGCGCUUCUCCGAUCGCUUCAGAGUAGCUACCCCGCCAGCAGCCCCUCCGGGCACCCCUGCUGCUGCUGGGGGGCCGGUGCUGGUGCUGCAGCAGUGGGACGAUCGCUUGGCAAUGUCUGUAGAAGAGGCGAACGAAGCAGCAGUGGAGGCUCGGGAAGAGGCUCGGGAAGAGGCUUGGGAAGAGGCUCGAAAAGAGGCUCGGAAAGAGCCUCGGGGAGAGGGUAGUGAGGCUGUGGCGGGUGAGGGGGGAGGGAAUGGUAUCCGGGGUGGCAUUGCUGCUGGUGCUGGUGCUGGUGCUGGUGCUGGUGCUGGUGCUGCCUCCCGUGCUGCUAGCAUCAAUAGCACUCCCUAUGCGUCUGCUUCUGCUGCUGCUGCUAGUGCUGGUGGUGGUGGUACCUUCGUUGAUGGUGCUGGCGCUAGUGGUGGUUCCGCUGCUGAUAGUGGUUUUGGUGGGGGGAGUGGGGGGGGUGGUGAAUCUUCUGCUGGUGGUUGGGAGGGUGGUGGUGCUGGUGGUGCUGCAGCAGCAGCGGGAGGGAGGGCACAGGGAGGGAUGGUGAGGCGAGAAGGGGUGGGAGGGGUGUUGGGGGAUGGGGAUAACGAGGGGGAGGGGGAGAGUGGGGAGGAGAGGAGGAAGGAGGAGGAGAAGGAGGAGGAUGAGGAGGAAGAGGAGGAGUGGGAGGAUGAGAAGGAAGAAGAGAAAGAGAAGGAGAAAGAGGAGAUGGGCGAGGAAGAGGAGGGAGGGGCCAAGAAAGGGAAAGAGGAGAAGGAGGAGGAGAAGGAGGAGGAGGAGGGAGAGGGGAAGGAGGGUAGGGAGAGUACUGAUGUGUUUGAUGUGGGAAACAGUAAAGGCGAGGGGAGUGGUCAUGAGGGGCAAGGGGCGGGAUGGGGGGAGGGGUGGGACGAGGGAUGGGAAGAGGGAUGGGGAGAAGGAGGGGGAGAAGGAGAGGGAGGAGGAGUGGGGGAAGGGGGAGAGGGGCAACAAGGGCAGAGUGAACGCAAGGGUAGCAGAGGCAGGUCACAGAGGAGUGAGAAGGAACCAGAGACGGAGAUCCAGGGAGGAGGAGACAAAUGGGACAAGGAGCAAUGGGAAGAGGAGGAGCAAGAGGAAGAAGGGACAGAGGCAACGGCAUUCAGAAAGCCUCACCUUGGUCCUGUUCUCCCGUGCGACACUGCAUCACCAGAUUCCACCUCUCAAACCCAGGUGUCCCAACCCACUCACAUCGCUCCACUUACCCCAGGUACCCCAGUCUCUCCAGUCACUCAAUUUACUUCAGAAACCCCGGGCACGCAGCUUACUCCCCCCAAGCCCUCUCUGACGCCUGAGCAACUAGCAGAGGCAGCGAUCGGGUUGGGGCGGCACAAGGCAGAGACCAGCCGCAUGGCUUACAUCACCGGGAAAACCAGUGCGGACCAGGACGGGAGUAGCAGUGGUGUUGCCAGUGGUGCCAGUAAUGCUGGCAGCAGCAGCAGCAAUAGCGGUCGGGAGGAGCGGUACAAGAAAGCCGUUCGGCUGAGCUUAAAGCUCAAUCUACCCCCGGGUCUGAAGCUAAAGCAAUCUGAUCUGCUCAGGCUGCAGAGGUUCCAUGCCUCCCCUCCCAUCUCCCCCUAUGCAAACCCGCUCGAGCUAGGGAUAUCGCCCGAAUCAAUGGAGGCGGAGAGGCGGGCAGUUGCUGUGAUUCGGGAAUUUCUUUCGCUGACCGUUGAGAAGCGGUGCCUGAUUGACCAGCUGACGCACUUUCGGAAAGAUUUUCUGCUGCCCGCGAGGAUUUAUGCGCUGCUGUUGCGGCACCCGGAGGUUUUUUAUGUGUCGGUGAAAGGGGUGCGGGAUUCGGUGUUUCUGCGGGAGGCUUAUGAAGGGGAGGUGCUUAUAAUGAGUGAUGAGCUGGCGGAUGCUAUAGAGGAGAUGAGAGUUCUUAUGGAGGAUGGGCGGAGGAGGAUGAGGAGGGGGGAGGUGGUGAGUGGGGAGAGGGAGGGGUAUGGGAGGGGAGGGAGUGAGGAGGAGAGUGAGUGGGAGAGUGGGGAUGAGGAGGAUUGGGAUGAGGAGGACGAGGAGGAAGAGGAAGAUGAGGAAGAGGAAGAGGAGUGGGAAAGGGAGGACGGUCAGGAGAAGAGGGCAAUGCCAAGUGUUUGGAAGCGAGCGAAUGGGCAAGCGGUGGGGAGUGGUGGUAGAGGCAACUUCAACAAAAUGGCUGUGGAAGCGGGGAGAAAGGGAGAGGAGAGAGGAAAGGAGAGGGGUGUGAGAAGUGGCGUAGGGAGAAGAGAGGGUGGAGGAGUGCAGAAGGGGGGAAAUGAGGGAGAGAGGAAGGUGGUGGGGGUGGACAGGUGGGGGAGGGAGAGUGGGAGUGUGGAUGGGGCUGGGUGGGUACCUGUGAGGAGUGCAGUUGGGGAAGCGAGCGAGGGUGAUAAGAGAAGGGGGCGAGAGAAGGAGAGAAGGGAAGAGAAGGAAGAGGUGGGUACGGAGGGAGGGGAGGGGGAGGAGGGAGAGGAGGAAAAGGAAGGGGGGAAAGGGCAUGCAGCGGGAGUGAGGGGAAGGGGUGAUGAGUUGAGAGAGAGGGAAAGAGUGAAGGUGGCAGGGGACAAGGAGAAGGGGAGAGGAAAGGAGGCGUGGAGGAGCAAGGGCAUACACAGGCAGGGGUUGAUCAAAGACAGGUGGUGA